GGUAACUUUCGGUCAUUUGUGGGGAAGAGAGACACGACUGACCGGGUUUUCAUUGCUGAAGACAUCUGUGGGACCAGCACACCAUUCAAACCACUGCCGCUCAGUUCCCAUCCACACGCACUCCCAGAGAACACUAUGGGUCUCCAGUUAGACUCUGCCCUCCAAUCUAUCCUCCUCUUUCCAAUCCACCUUCUGAUAUGGCUGUACUCCGUCCUGUCAUUCCUGCCUUGGUACUACAUCACUGGAGCCGGGGAAAGACAAGCUCGGUCCAAGCGGAUAAAGGCCCGUUCCACUUCAGGCCGUGCAGAGGGACCAUACCGCUCUGUGGACCACUUCGAUUCCCUGGCCAGGGAGGACUUCCCAGGCAAGGACACACUGGAUAAGCUGUUCGAGCAUGCUGUGCAGCGCUUUGGAGAAGCACAGUGUCUUGGCACCCGCGAUAUACUGAGUGAAGAGAAUGAGAUUCAACCUACCGGCAAAGUAUUUAAAAAGCUGAUCCUGGGAGAGUAUAGAUGGCUCUCUUACAAUGACCUGGACACCAUAGUCAGUCAGUUUGGCAAUGGAUUGGCAGCCCUGGGACAGCAACCCAAAAGCAAUAUUGCAAUCUUUUGUGAAACCAGAGCAGAGUGGAUGAUCACUGCCCAGGCAUGCUUCAGGCGCAAUUUCCCAUUGGUGACAUUCUAUGCCACACUGGGAGAGGAGGCAAUUGCAUUUGGACUGAACGAGACCGGAGUUACACAUCUAGUCACCAGCGUGGAACUCCUUGAGACUAAACUGAAAAAUGUGCUUCCACAGAUCCCUAAACUGAAGCAUGUGAUCUACGUGGACGAGAAGAAAGUGAGCACAGAAGGCUACCCAGCAGGACUGUCCAUCCACAGCAUGCAGGCCGUACGAGAGCUGGGCGCGCUGCCUGAGAAUAUGGAGAGAGCAAUUGUGAAGCCACAGCCUUCUGAUCUGGCCGUGGUGAUGUACACCAGUGGCUCUACGGGCAGACCUAAAGGAGUCAUGAUUGUCCACAGUAACCUAAUUGCAGGGAUGACAGGCCAGUGUGAACGCAUCCCUGGACUCGGGCCUAAUGAUACUUACAUAGCCUAUCUGCCCCUGGCUCAUGUUCUGGAAAUGACCGCUGAAAUCUCCUGUGUCACAUAUGGCUGUCGGAUCGGCUACUCGUCCCCCCAGACGCUGUCAGACCAGUCCACUAAGAUAAAGAAAGGAAGUAAAGGAGACUGCUCUGUGCUCAGACCCACCCUGAUGGCAGCUGUACCAGAAAUUAUGGAUCGCAUCAACAAGAAUGUCAUGAGCAAAGUGCAGGAAAUGAGUUUCAUUCAGAAGAAGCUGUUUACAUUGGGCUACAACUAUAAACUCGAGCAGAUCAGGAGAGGCUAUGACGCACCACUCUGCAAUGCCCUGUUGUUCCAGAAAGUGAAGAAACUGCUGGGAGGACAGGUGAGGAUGAUGCUGUCUGGAGGAGCCCCCCUGUCCGCAGCCACUCAGAGAUUUAUGAAUGUAUGCUUCUGUUGUCCAGUGGGCCAAGGCUAUGGCCUCACUGAGACCUGUGGAGCAGGCACCAUCACAGAAGUUGCGGACAUCAGCACUGGUCGUGUUGGAGCUCCUCUUCUUUGCUGUGAGAUCAGACUCAGGGACUGGGCUGAAGGUGGCUACACAAGCAAAGACGAGCCAAACCCGAGAGGGGAGAUCCUGAUCGGUGGUCCCAAUGUAACCAUGGGUUACUACAGAAAUGAAAACAACAAUCAGGACUUUUUUGUGGAUGAAAAAGGUCAGAGGUGGUUCUGUACUGGAGAUGUGGGAGAGGUUUAUCCGGAUGGCUGUCUGCAAAUAGUAGACCGCAAGAAAGAUCUGGUGAAACUGCAGGCUGGGGAGUAUGUGUCUCUCGGCAAGGUCGAGUCCGCUCUGAAAAACUGCUCUCUCAUAGACAACAUCUGUGCAUACGCAAACAGUGAGCAGAACUACGUGAUCAGCUUUGUGGUUCCCAACCAGAAAAAGCUGACAGAAUUGGCCAAACAGAGAGGCAUUGUGGGAUCGUGGGAGGAGAUCUGCACUCACCCCGACAUGGAGAAAGAGGUUCUGAAGGCGAUCAAGGAGGUCGCUGUUAAUAUUAAACUCCAGCGAUUUGAGAUCCCAGUGAAGGUUCAUCUGAGUCCAGAGCCGUGGACCCCCGAGACUGGUCUUGUCACAGAUGCGUUCAAGCUAAAGAGGAAAGAGCUGAAGAACCACUAUCUUGAUCACAUAGAGAGAAUGUAUGGUGGCAAAUAACUUUGUUAUUUUCCCCCAAGACUCCCCGUUAUCACCAUAACCACUGUUUUGACCUGUAAAUAAUCUUCAUGGUACCCAGUUGGAUUUUUAUGCUGUUUGUGAACCAUAGGCAUAAAGGUGAAACUGUUUCGGAACACAAAUCUGAAGUUGUAGAUAGUUGUAGCUGUUAAUCCAUAUGUGCUGCUUUUUAUUCUUGUGUGUAGAAGGUCUGUUGUCACUCACAGAGGUGCACUCAAAUGACAACUCUUACUCCACGAAAAGGUUCCGAGACCAUUACAGCACUCAACUGCCAUCCACUUCAAUCUGUUGCCACUCAGUUUGUAGCUGAUAUAAGUACCACCGUCCUCCGUAUGUUGCUGAUGCUUUGUUGUUACAUCCAUUGAAAAUAUUAACUGUAAUCAUCACGGAGGCUUGUCAUGCUCUUUGUAAAGUUCUGAUGUUACUGUGCCUUCAGUCUGCAGUACUUGUGUAGUCAAGCAGAAGCAAGUGGCAUCUAGAUAUAAAACAAAUAUCUUACGCUUUUGUUACAAAAAUGGCUGAAUUGCCAUGUAAGGUUUACUUGAGGCUUUAGGAAAACUAUCCCCACCCAGAGACUCAUUGACAUGGAUCAUGGAGAGAAAGUUAUUCAUGGUCAUGUCUGCCUAUCCACAUUUUUUUUUUUUGACCAUUGUUGAUUUAUUUGUGUUUGUUGUCUUGUCAGUUUAUUCAGAAAGUAAGACCAAAAUGUGUAAACAUAAAUGACUCAGGAAGAUAAACAAAUGUUUUAAUAUAUGAAACUGUCAAGUAGUGGGUUGCUUGUAUAUAAAGUACUUAUUAGAAUUCUUGUGGACACCUUAUUUAUUUAAAAGCAAGCAUGCUUAACUACUUACCAUUUACGAAAUGCUUAUUAGCAAUCGCUAGUCAGAACUGGCAUACUGUAAUACUGUGCGUAUUUUACCUCAGUUAACAGGAUAAUGUACAAUUUGGUAUCAUAAGGUUAUCUGAAGUUCAGCUCAUUUUAAUAUUAUAGGAGUGUUUUCUAUGUAUUUUUCAAAGUGCUAUUGUGUUGAUGGAUUUGCAUCAUUAAAACUUUAAGAGAGCAGAUGUUGACAGUCACUUUACAGUUGGUUGUUCUAGUGAUCUAUUUGUAUUUAUUACUCCAUCAUUGUGAGCACAUGCCCUGUUCACAUUUUGAGAAUAAACAUCUUUUCGUA